AUGGCCGCCUUUGAGCUGCCUCUGACUGUGCGGGGCAGCCAGGGAUGUGGGGCGAGUGGGGUGAGCUUGCUUGGGAGGGACAGGAGGGUCCUGUGGUGCCACUUGGGGAGUAGAAAGGUUUGGGGAGCCACCAGGAAUGCUGGCACGUCCUCACUGGCGGCGCUAGGAGGAAACCUGCCAUGCGGGGCAGAGAGCCUUCCGAGGCAGAGGGUCCCAGCUCUGCUGCGCUCAGGCUGCUGGUACCGGGUGGCAGCUCUCUGGUGGCCCUUUCUGCAGCGGGGCUGCUUUCUGAGCGCAGCCUGCUUCUUGCAGCCUGAUCCCAAGCAAGGACCUUCGACGGUGCCCUCUAGCAACAGAGGAGGACUUUGCCGCUCACCAGCCGUCGUCUUGAAGGCAAGCGCUUCCGACCUGCAGCUGGAGGAGCUGCUGGCUGGCACGCGGUGUGCAAAGGCUCACCUGGAGCUCUUGGCCUUACAGGACUUCCUCCGAAGCAUCCCCUCCAAGCUCCUCAUGACGGACCUCUACGGGGACUGGAUGGCAGCCAUGCAGAGGAGCAGCAAGGAGGAGAAGAUCUCGGAGCUGAAAGCGGUGGCCAAGAAGCUGCCUGCGGCCAAUGUCCUCCUCCUGAAGCAGCUUCUGUCCCUCCUCUGGCACAGCGGCCACAACGCAGCCACCAGCACGAUGAGCUGCACCAACCUGGCCAUCUGCGUUGGGCCUAACUUGCUGAGCCCACCCAACGAGGACCUGCUCCCGCUGGAGGCCAUGCUGGAGGUGACUGACAAGGUGAAGGUGCUGGUGGAGUUCCUGAUAGAGAACUGCAGGGACCUCUUUGGGGAGGAGAGGAGUGACCUUUCCAGCCCACCAGCCCAGGAGGAGUCGCCAGCCCCCACGGAGACACCCAGAGGUGGGUUUGAUGACCUACAUGCUUGUGCUGACCCUGGAGCCCCUGAACAUGGAUACAAGACACCCAGUGCAGGUGUUUUCUUUGAAAGUGUGGUAGUCCGGUUUCAUUGCCAAGAAGGAUACAGGCUUAAUGGUACUUCAAAAAAACUUUGUGUGAGACACUUUAAUGGCUCCCUGAGCUGGAAACCAAGCGAUAAACCUGUGUGCCUACAAGAAGUCACAGAUUGCCUUGUUCCACUUGUUGAAGAUGCAGAGAUUCAUAACAAGACAUACAGGACUGGCGAUAAGUUAAUAAUCAGCUGUCAUGAAGGAUUCCAGAUCCGUUACCCUGACUUAGACAACAUGGUUUCAAUAUGUCAAGACGAUGGAACAUGGGAUAAUCUGCCCAUUUGUCAAGGUUGCCUGAGGCCAUUGGUUCUUCCUCAUAGUUACACUAAUAUAUCUGAGUUCGAGUCCUCCUCCCCCAUAGGAACAGUGGUGUAUUAUCAAUGCUUUCCUGGAUAUAAACUAGAAGGGGCAGAGUUGCUUGAGUGCAUGUAUAACCUUAUCUGGUCAGAUAGCCCACCUAGGUGCCUUGAUGUGGAAGUUUGUCCACUACCUCCAAUGGUGAGUCAUGGAGACUACAUCUGCCACCCACGGCCUUGCGAGCGUUACAACCAUGGGACGGUGGUGGAGUUUUACUGUGAUCCUGGGUACACCCUCACCAAUGACUACAAGUACAUCACCUGCCAGUACGGAGAGUGGUUCCCCUCCUACCAAGUAUACUGUGUCAAAACAGAACAAACCUGGCCAAAUACACAGGAGACCCUCCUCACUACGUGGAAAAUAGUGGCGUUUACUGCUACCAGCGUUUUAUUGGUACUGCUACUGGUUAUUUUAGCCAGGAUGUUCCAGACCAAAUUUAAGACACACUUCCUUCCAAGAGGCAACCAGGAGGGCUCCAUGGGUGACCCUGACUUCGUGGUGGUGGAUGGCGUUCCUGUCAUGCUGCCUUCCUACGAUGAAGCUGUAAGCAGCGGCUUGACUGCUCUGGCACCUGGAUACUCAGCUACCGCAGACCAGGGGCAUAUUUUGCAGACAGAAGAUCAGAAUCCUCCCGCUUACCCCGGCCCCAGGAUUACAGACACGCUGCCUAGCGAAUUUGAGACCUGUGACAGUAGGUUGGUCUCCUCUGAACUGCUCCAAAAUUUGUACCCAUCCCUGGCAUGCCAAGCGGCAGCGCUUCCCUGCUCAGAUCGAACUGACGUAUCCCGUAGCACUGCUGGGGAGGCUGUGUCCACGAGUCCACAGAUCGAUAUUGCAGAUGAGAUUCCUUUGAUGGCAGAAGACCCUUAGCCUGCACAGAGAUGUGUCUUCGUCGCAUUGCACUGUUGGGUGACAUGAAUCAUGAGGAUUUAGAGAUAGAAAAGACUAUCUGCAGACUUGGGGAGGGUAUUUUCCUACUUACCAAUCUUCCACGCGAUAAUGUCACCAGAUUGGGUGUACAUCUUAAUCCACAGCGGGGAUAACAGCAUCAGCAUUUGGAACAGCAGCAGUUUUAUGAAUGAAUCCUGGGGAUUUGAUGAGAGCAGAUGUAGAAAAAGAACUGUGGCUUUUUAGAAAUGAAAUGUAUAUCUGCAUCGCAGAAAGUCAUAUAGUUCUGUAAGAAAUGCUAUUGGAUUUUGAUACUAACUGCCUCACAAAAGCAUGUCAAAGUGUGUAAAUUUGCUUAUAAAGACUGCUUUAAAUGAUCUAUGGACCUCUAGUUUAUGAAGAAUCCUUACAAGUU